AUGUCUGCAGCUGAUGGCUCGGGCAAGCCAACUGCAGAGUGUGAAGAGGAGGAAGAGUUGCCUUUCUCAUCGACGGUUUCGCCAGUGCCAAAGGCGCUGGGAGAUGCGAUCACAUUGACUCAAGAUGAACCACCGGCAGAAGAUCAAAUGGAGGUGGGGACCCCCACAAGCUUCUUAGAGCGAGCUGACAAGAUGGUGACCUGGGAGGAAGAUUGUGCUCCAGGACUUGCACUGGCUGCCACUGCAACGACGGCAGGCACUGACAGCGAGAGUCGCGAGAGUCCCAAGGAGGUGGAGAAUGAUGGGAGCAGCGUUGCCACCUGGCAGCAUUCAAGGUUCGCGGAGCCGCGCGACGGAGGAGCUCUUUGA